CAUGCCGCGUGGAACCUACGUGCGUACGAGAACGACGCGAUCGACCACCAGCCAAUGCAAAGUGGAUCAUCAACCAAAUAACAAAUGACGACGUGGAUCAAAUCGUUGAUCGAUGCGUGCUGUGGACUCUGGAACCAACCGAGUUUUAAUUCGCCAUCCGAAAUUUCGGCGCGCCAGACGCAAAUUGGUAUGUCUCUCAUUGCCUCGCUUUUUCUUGGCUUGCAGCCAGAUCAGAUCAUCAACGAGCUGCAUCGUAUCCUUCAAUGCGGAUGCCUAUAUAAACCAUAAGUCGCCUGUUCCAUUCAUCCAUCCAUCCAUCCAUCGAGCUGCUAGCUACUCACUUCACACAGGCUAACAGGCAAGUAGUGGGGUUCGAUUAGAGGUUCAGGCAUGGCGGCGCCGACGAGAGCACUUGUCCUCGCCGUCGCCAACGCCGAGGCGGCAUCCGUCGUGGUCGGCCUGGCCAAGUGCGCCGACUGCACCAGGAAGAACAUCAAGGCCGAGGAAGCUUUCAAAGGUCUUCAGGUGGCGAUCAAGUGCAAGAACGUCCACGGCGACUACGAGAGCAAGACGGUGGGCGGCCUCGACGGCACCGGCACCUUCAGCGUGCCCCUGGCCGCCAACCUCCAUGGCACCGACACUAGUAGAAAACAGAGCUUUGGUCCAGACCGGGUCAGUCCAUUAGUCCCGGUUCAGUCUAGAACCGGGACCAAUGGGGACAUUGGACCUGGUUCGUGAGACCAGGGGGCCGGCCGGGCCACGUGGGCCAUUUGUCCCGGUUCAUCUGGACCUUUUGGUCCCGGUUGGUGGACGA